AUCGGAGUACGUUUUGAAAGUGAUCAGCGUGAAAAAAACUAAAACCCUAACCGCGAAAACAUCCAGUAGCAAAUAUCCUUCCAUACCCUGAAUCCAGGGCUCCGAGCCAUGGCGAACAAACUCGAAGCAGCCAUGGAAACUCUACACCAAUUGAAAUCAACUGAGCCGCCGGUGUGGCUGGCCCCGAAACAGGAGUUAUCGGAAGUUGUACGGGCGGCUUCGAGGCACCUGUUCUCGUGCUUGAAACCGUACACACGAAAGUCGCCGUUCGAUCAGCUGUUGGUCGAAGGAUUCGACGCAGAGCAGAUAUGGCAGCAAAUCGACCUCCAGUCGCAGCCACUUAUAUCCAGCCUCCGCCGUGAAGUGAAGAAGUUUGAGAAGAAUCCUGAGGAGAUUUCAAGGAUUAAGGAGUUUCUGGAAGGAGGAAAGAAGAAUGCUUUGGUGGAGAACGAGAAUGGUAAAAGAAUGGAACAUGAUGAUGAAGAUGACGACUUGAAUUUAGAUGAUGAUGAUGAUGAUGAUGAUGAGGAGGAGGAGGAGGAGGAGGAGGAGGAGGAAGAAGAAGAAGAAGAAGAGGACAGAGGCAAAAAAGGAGAAGGGGAAAGUGAAGAAGAUGGGAGUGAAAUGGAGGAAGAGGGGAAAAGUGGGAUAGAGGAUAGGUUUUUGAAGAUAAAGGAGUUGCAGGAAUAUUUGGAGGAGGAUGAAGCUAGAGAAUUUGGAUUGAAGAAGAAGAAAUCUGCAGAAAAUAAAAAGGAAGAGGAAGAUGAGGAGGAGGAGGAAGAAGAAGAGGAUAAUGAAGAAGAAGAAAUGGAUGAGGAUGAGCUUGGUAUUUUUGAUGGGGAUGAUGAAGAAGAUGCGGAAAAUGCCAGAUAUGAAGACUUCUUUGGUUCUAAUAAGAAGAAAGGUUCAAAAGGAAUAUCAAAAUUCAUUGAGGGAUCUGAAGAAGACUUGGGUUCAGAUGAUGACCAAGAUGAUGACCAAGAUGAUGACAAGGCCACAGGAAAUCAUAAAAAAGAUGGCCUUUCUACACACGAAAAGGAACUUGAGAAGCUUCAAUCUAAAAUAGAGCAGAUGGAGAAAGCAAAUUUGGACCCGAAAGUUUGGACAAUGCGGGGAGAGGUAACUGCUGCUCAAAGGCAAAAGAAUAGUGCAUUGGAAGUUGAUUUAGAUUUUGAGCACAAUGUGAGGCCUGCCCCUGUUAUCACAGAAGAGGUUACAGCAUCACUUGAAGAUAUCAUUAAGAAUAGGGUUGUUGAGGGGCGAUUUGAUGAUGUUCAGAAGGCACCUCAUUUACCGAUUAAAGCUCCAAAAGAUGUCAAAGAGCUGGAUGAGACCAAGAGCAAAAAGAGUCUUGCUGAAAUUUAUGAGGAAGAAUAUAUGAAGAAGACGAAUCCGGCUUCAGCCCCACUGUCCUUCUCAGAUGAACAAAAGAAAGAGGCAACCAUGCUGUUCAAGAAACUUUGCUUGAAGUUGGAUGCACUUUCCCAUUUCCACUUCACACCAAAGCCUGUUAUUGAAGACAUGUCUAUACAAACAAAUCUUCCUGCUCUUGCCAUGGAAGAGGUAAGAUUCCUUUGAUUAAGAAUCUUGGUUUCACCCUAAUCCAACAGUGACUCACAGGCACGUGUUUCUUUUCAAUGGUUAGAUUGCGCCUGUGGCAGUAUCAGAUGCUGCUAUGCUGGCUCCAGAGGAAGUAUUUGCUGGCAAAGGUGAUAUUAAAGAAGAUGCAGAACUUACAAAGGCAGAGAGGAAAAGAAGGAGAGCUAACAAGAAAAGGAAGUAUAAGGCUGAGGCAGUGAAAGGAAUGGCAAAGAAGACAUGAGACAACAAUGCGUUACCAAACCAAAGUGAUGGCAAGGCAGGAUAGGGUUAUUUUCGUCUAGGAGGAAUUUUCCUAAAUACUUCACUGUUAAAAUUUUGAGACUGUCCAAUCACAAGAACGAGAAAAGGCAGGUGAUGUUUUUGUCGAUAUUGAUGUUUCCAAAUUUUGUAGCAAUAGUGAAAGCUAAGGUAAGAUUAGAGAAUUAUUGCAAUGGGGGAGUCCGUUUAAAGUCAGCAACUUGUGUCGUUCCUCCAACUAUUGAUAGAGAUAAAAGUUUUGAUAGGCAUUGGAAUCAGUUGUUUCUUGUUAUUCUUUUAUUCGGUCUGGUUUGUAAGUGCUGACAAUUUUGUAUGUUCAACAUUUGUUUAAUCUGUAUUGGAAGUUGAAAAAAAUUUAUAACGCAAC